UAUUGUCUUCCGAAAAACUUAUCACCACUGUCGAUGAAUGUUUGCAAAACGUAUCGUGAAGAAAAAUAUCACAAGUUGACGAACCACGUUUAUGUAAGUUAAUACUAUUACGUUGUCAAGUUUGUGUCUGCCAGUUCUAACGAUAACGUUACACAACAAUUUCAUUAAGUUAACGUUAAUAAAUUGCGUCACUGAUUACCGUUGAUAAUUAUCUGACUUGUAGACUUCUCUUGCUUACAGAAAGUGAUGUGUACUGUUACCCAAAGGAGAUGAUGUUCAUGGACAGGCAUGUUUACAUGUGUGUGGAUAGAUUUCAGCACCAGGGACAGGCAUGUUCAUCUGUGUGAGGAAGGAGUUCAGCACCUAUGACAAUCGUGUUCAGCUUUAUAUAACGUUAGUGUUCAGGCAAUGGCAUGUUUAUCUUUGUGUGGAUCAGCACAAGGACGACAUCCCUCCUCAUCAAUGUGUGAAUAGUGUUAAGGAGUACAUGGGUUUAACGUUACAUGUGUGCGGAUUGCAAAUAUUUUUGUAAGGCGUAUCUUUUAUCACUUUCCGUCCAAAAUAUGACUUAGGUUACUGUCCGUCGCAACAUGGGUAUCUUUCUUGGCUUGACCUAUGGGUUUUAAUAGUAUUCACCUGUCAGUUAAAUCAUGUUUACUGAACACAAGUUACAAGCCAAACAUCCUUGUCAGGGACCAAUCGAGAAAUAUCAGGGGAGGGGGGGGGGUCAUAAAACUCGUACCCAAAUGCUAGUGAAAGUGUACAGGGAAGUUUACAAAAUGUAUCAGAUUAUCACCAUUUACAGUUCAACUUUGCCUCAGAAUGAUCUCACAUAUGAACUUUUAAGCUAUUAUAUCAACAUCUUUCUCCACCCCGAGCACCACCCGACACACAAUGUUCUCAGCUUAUAUACUUACGCGAGUAAGGGAGUUGCCAGAUUUGGUAUGACUGGUGCACAAGGUCAUUGGUACAAAAAAAGAUACGUGCUAUGUACUGUUCAGAUGUUGUCAUUGGCUUACAUGCGUGAUACAACAUUGUAACGUUAACACUGUAGAUAAAGCACAUCGUUUUAAAAGUCCUAAAAUCUUCCCUUUUCUGACAUAUCUUGACCAACCGUGACAUGCUUGUUCUUGUAUUGCUUCAGUCCACACUGUUUGCUACAGUUGCAUAUGCCAGUAAACAGCAUGGCUUUUCUACUGCGGUCGUCCGACUGGAGAAUAUGUUGCUAUUUGAGAGUAGGUUGAUUGACGAGAUCAGGCAGUACAUUACUGAUACAGAUGGUGCAAGUGAAGACCUCAGAAGGUAUGUGGAGGAUUUUGAACACAACAUUUUACGUCCGGGUUUUGCCGACCUUGCCUACCAUGCUCGGCACCCCGUGGGCGCCUACCGCCUGGUGAAGCGGCUAUCUCAGACCGACUCCAGGAUUCUCAAACACGCUCAGCUUCUGACAGGUGUAGGUGUUGCACGUGAUGGAGAUGAUGUCAUAAAAAUAAGCGAACUCCCGACAGAAGAGGACCUGAGGAUGUCUGCGCUUGCGCUGGCGAGACUGCAGGAUAUCUACCAUCUGGACCUGCGCAGUCUGACCCGGGGCCAGCUGGUGAUGCUGUCCCGUCAGAGUGACGGUACUGUGGUGAAACAGAAGAGACUCUCCAGAGUAGAACCCACCUUCACACUUGAGGCGGAGGAUACCGUUUACAUCGGGGAUAUGGCUUAUAACGAGGAGGAUUAUCUGAACGCCGUCCUGUGGUAUCUAAUCACCCUAGAUCUGACGGAGGGGAAAGAGAUGGCGGAUAUCACUGACGACACGGCUAAUGACUCAGCGCCGGGGAGAGUGCAAGUUCUGGUAAAACUAGGGGAUGCUCUGACAAAGCUACAGCAACACCAGCGUGCUUUACCGUUCUACAAUGAGGCACUGCAGCUUGAGCCGAACAACCAGGAGAUCAAGUCGAAGGUGGUAGAAUCAGAGCGGCAAGUCACGCUUCAAGGUGACGUCACCGUCAAGAUGGGGAAACUGCUGCAAGGAGCCAUACCUUAUCAGCAGGACUAUGAGAACCUUUGCUACCGCAGUGCUCUUCAGAACCAAGCGCCAAGUUCACGGCUCAGCUGUACGUUCGUCCGGACCAGCCCACAACUCUACCUCAGUCCGGCCAAAAUGGAGGUGCUCCACGAGACGAGCCCUGAGAUAGCCCUGUAUCAUGACGUCAUCAGUGACCAGGAGGCCGCCAUGAUGAGGGAGUUAGCGUUGAAAGAGUUAAAGAGGUCCCCUGUAGUGGAUAAAAAUGGAAAGGCUUUCCUCAGCAACUUCAGGGUCAGCGAAACUGGAUGGCUUCAUGACAACACGACAGAGCUCAUCUCUAAACUGAGUCGACGGGUUAGUUACAUCACUGGACUGAAUACAGAAUACCCGUCCGCUGAAAGUUUCCAGGUUGUGAACUAUGGCCUGGGAGGACUUUAUGUUCCGCAUGUCGACUACUUUGAGGAGGAUCAGGUGAGACACAUGAAGAGGCCAGACAACAGGAUCCUGACUUUCUUAAUAUAUCUCAGUGAAGUGGAGGCAGGCGGAGCGACAGUUUUCCCUCAAAUCAACCUCAUCGUUCCGGCGGUGAAGAAUGCAGCCUUGAUGUUUAGGGACAUGAAACGAUCUGGAGAUUUCGAACCUUUGUCCAUGCACGCUGGCUGUCCCGUGCUUAUCGGCUCCAAGUGGAUCGCUAACAAGUGGAUACUUGAUCGUGGAAACGAAUUCAGAAGGCCGUGUGGUCUCACACCAGAGGAGUGAAGAUCUCAUCACGAUGUUCCAACACUAGCCAGUGCCUCCAUCCAUAGACGACACAUUUCAAUACGUGAUAUCUCAAAGACGUUAAUAAAUACUAUAAGGGAUAUUUUACAAUAAAGGUCUUCAUUCAUUGAUCAAUAUAAGACUCCCAUUGUAAUUUGUGCCUUUCAUUGUCCUGCCAUUCUGUGCCGUAGAAAGAUAAAAAUGUUUAUGUUUUUAAAUACAAAA